AUGCUCGGAGUGCCGAUCGAUCAGGAAGUGUCUGCCCUUGGUCUCUGGAGCCAGCUGGCGAACAAAGUUGCGAAUGCACUGCUCUACUGGUUUUGGAACAGUGUCUCGAGGAUUUUCACAACGGCAUCGCGCCAGGGAGGGUCCUUUCUGGUCGACGAAAUUCGUGGCAAACUGGCAAGCGCCGAGCUUGAUAAUGCCGUCCUCCUGCGGUGGGGACAUGAUGCCUCCUUCGAGAUGGUCAAUCAUCGGCUGACGAAUGACUACGGCUGCUGCACGCAAGGCCUCGCAUACCCGCGUGACAAGGCCGAGGAUCUGCUGCACUGGGAUGAUGGAGCGCCACGCAUCGGCCUACGAGGUUCUUCAAUUGAGCAGUAUGCGGAUGAAAACGACGAGCUGUGCUGGGCUUUGACACCGAGCGUUCUUCAGCACAUUGGCCCGAAGACAUUGAAGGAUGUCGUCAAGAUGGCGAAGAAACAGGUUCUCAUUACGCAUAGAGUAAAGAGCUACCCAUUUGAGCUGAAUGAUGCUGAGGAGCUGAGGAGGGAGCACUUUGUGGCCGCUGGGGAUGGGACAUGA